AUGACGUGGACGAAACCCUCCGGACAGGGAAACGUACGAAACCCUCUGGAUGAGGAAAUGUACAUUUGGAGUAAUCUUGUUCUAAGCCAAUCAAGUGGUGACACCAACUACUUGGAGAAGAUAAGGAUGAUUAUAAUCAAUAUGGAGAAGACAUGCAGCUACUACAAUGGAGCCAAAACCGUACAUGCCAAUCAUGUAGCAACAUCGAGCUACCAAUGUAGGUUGCCACCAAGCAAAGCUAUGCUAGGCCUAGGUCUCCAUGUGUCUAUGAACGACUGGGGACGUCCCAAGAAUACAGGCAGCCUCCUGAACUCCUAUAAAUACGCUCCUCCACCCCAAGUUCAAACCAUUCCAUUCCCAAAGCUAGAGAGCACCUGA